AUGGCGUGGGAACACUUGGAUAUCGAUAAGCCUCACCUGGCGUACAUGAUCCUGGGCGGGUUCACCGGCCUGUUCAUGCUGUGCUCCUUGUUUGUCAAGGAGAAACUAUAUAUCGGUGAGGCCACGGUCGCGACCCUGUGUGGCAUCAUCUUCGGGCCCCAUGCGGCGAAUCUCUUUAAUCCCAUGGAAUGGGGAAAUGUAGACAAGAUCACGCUCGAAUGCUCCCGCAUUGUCCUGGUGGUACAAUGCUUUGCCGUCGGCGUCGAACUGCCCAAGGCUUACAUGGAGCGUCACUGGAAGUCGGUCUUUCUGCUGCUGGUGCCCGUCAUGACCUGGGGUUGGUUGAUCACGAGUCUGUUUAUCUGGUGGAUGGCGCCUCUUUCCUGGCUCGAGGCCCUGGUGUGUGCCGCCUGCGUGACGGCCACUGAUCCCGUGUUGGCCUCCUCCGUCGUCGGUAAGGGUAAAUUCGCCAAGCGAGUCCCCAAGCAUUUGCGAGAUCUGCUGUCCGCCGAAUCCGGCUGCAAUGACGGCAUGGCUUUCCCUUUUAUUUACCUGUCAUUCUACAUUCUGCACUACCGUCCCGAUGCCGGCAAGGUGUCCCUGAACUGGUUCUGUGUCACCAUUCUCUACGAAUGUAUCGUCGGCGCCAUCUUCGGUUUUCUGAUCGGAUACUUUGCGCGUCAUGCCAUCAAGUUUGCGGAGCGCAAGCAGCUGAUCGAUCGUGAGAGUUUCCUGGUGUUUUACUUCGUCCUGGCCGUGUUCUGUGCGGGAUCCGGUAGUUUGCUGGGUAUGGAUGAUCUUCUGAUCGGGUUCGCCUGCGGUGUCGGCUUCAGUAACGAUGGCUGGUUCACGGAGAAGACGGAAGAGUCACACGUGUCCAACGUCAUCGAUCUACUGCUCAACUUGGCGUACUUUGUCUAUUUCGGGUCCAUUAUUCCCUGGGAGGACUACAACAACCCCGACAUCGGCCUGACCCCGUGGCGAUUAGUUGUGAUUGCCAUCCUCGUCAUCUUCUUCCGUCGAAUCCCCAUCAUGUUGAUCCUGAAACCCAUCAUACCGGAUGUAAAAACAUGGCGAGAAGCCCUGUUCGCCGGGCAUUUUGGACCCAUCGGAGUCGGUGCCAUCUUUGCUUGCAUCCUGGCGAGAGCCGAACUGGAGAACGGCAACACCCAACCGGAUCCGACCAAUGAAUUGCCACAAGCUGGAUCACCGGACUAUUAUGUCGUGCGGCUGAUAUGGCCAAUCACAACCUUCAUGGUCAUCUCGUCUAUUCUGGUGCACGGCUCGUCGAUUGCCGUCUUUACUCUCGGAAAGCGUAUCAAUACCUUGACUAUCACGCUGUCUUACACGCAGGCCAACGAAGAGGGUCCGUCCUGGAUGAACCGUCUGCCCCGUGUGCAGUCUAUCGCCAAGGGCUCCAUGUCCUUCCGCAAGGCGGAUGAGCUGGAGGAAUCGUCCAACGAACCGGAAUAUCCCCCGGGUACCCUUCCUCCCAUCGGCGUUCCCGGCAACUUCCUGCGCCGGCAGCGUGAUGAGGACGCCGACUCACCCCCCGGAAGGCCGCGUAGCCAACGACCUCGUCGCCGUCGCCGUCGCGACGCCGGGGCCGGUGGUCCUAUCAGUCAGUCUGCAAUUGCACCUCAACGCCAGCCGGAGACCGAAGACGAGAAGGCCCAGGAUGAAGCCGAACAGGCCGAACGCGAGAAGAUUGAGCGCGGUGGCUCCCCGCCGUCCAAGGAACGCGAGCGCUUCGGACGCGAGGCGGGCAUUGAAGUGUACUUGGAAGGACAUAACCUGGUCAUUGAAGACGAGGACGGUAAUGUUCUGAGAACGGAGAACAUCAGUCACAAAUCCCCUACCGAGCAGCAGCAGCACGUUGAGGAAGAGCGGCAGAAGGUACAAAAGGCGAAGUCCGAAGAGCUUGCCAAGUCCUCGAGCCAGCCCAACGGCAAGCCCGACAGUGGAGAUGGCGUGCAGCCCGUGCCGGAGGAUAAGACUGCUUUCGAAAAGGCCCGGAAACGAUUCGGCGACUGGAUGGGCUUCGGUAAGGGCCGCGCUACCGAGGAUGGACCCCAACCUGGUCCGGCUUCCGAGAAGACCGGUGGAGAGGCCGCAUCUCGCAAGACCCCCAAGCAAAAGCCUCGCUCGGCUCACGCAUACCAAUUCGGAAACACCAUCAUUGUCGAGGACGAGGACGGAGAGGUUAUCAAGAAAUACUCCAUUCCCUCAACCGGAACUUCUUCAGGCGCUGCCGCCGCCGCCACGCCGGAGAAGAAACCCGAUACCGGUGCCGCUGCCCCAGUGCGCCGUGGUCUCGUGCGCAUGGGGACCUGGUUUGGCCAGGGAGAAGCCGAGUCCUCUCAGGCUGCCAAGAACAAGAAAGCCGCUGACGAUGAUUGGCUUGCUGAUGAUGGACUUCGUUUCACGGUGGCUGACGACGACAACAUUGACAAGAAGGGAGUGAGUCACAAGGGACAGCGCAUGAACAAGCACGAGUUCGUCAACCAGCUUCGCGGCCUCGGACCCAAGGCCCGUCGUGAGAUGGUCGAGGAAACCGAUGCUCCAGAGCGAGUCAAGGACGUCGCCCGGGGCGAGGAGAAGGAGGCCAUCAAGGAGGAGCGCCGCCGUUCCUCCGUCGGAGUGCCUACUGAAGCACCGGCCAGUGACACUCAACAACCAGCCGCUCCCGCAGCUGACGACGACGAUGACUUCACUACCGAUAGCAGCGACCUGACUGAUGAGGGAUCCGACCGGGGUGCACCGGGUGGCAAUGUCGCCGCUUCCCUCGCUCGAUUCACUCGCGGAACUGCUGCCGACGAACGCCGCACCAGCGCUCUGGACCGGCCUGCUAGUCCUCGCCCGCGCAGAGAUUCCGAAGACGACGGUACGGCGCGUGUACCGCCCUCGAAGCUGCGAGAAGCGGCCGGUCUCACUCGACCUCCUCAGCAAGCCGAUCUGGACGAUACCGGCGAGACUCCGGCUGAACGUCGCCGUCGUCUAGCCGCCCUUGGUGAAGAUGACUCGGACGAGGCGGUGGAUGAAGAAUCCGACAGCGAGGAUGACGGCGAUUUCCGUCAGGUGCCCGGCAAGAUCUCUUUUGCGGAUGGCACCAAGCCUGCGCGAACCAAGACCGACGAGGGAAGUUCCAGCGAGGGCAACGGAUCGGGGUCAUCGAACCAAGGAUACCGGCCUCGAAUUUCCUGGGGUGGCGAGAAGGGUAGAGAGACUUGA